AUUCAAUCAGUGGAAUAUUUGUGUGUGCGGGUGGAGGAGGAGGUGGAAGAAGAGGUCACUUCAGCUGUGGACACUGAAGGAAACAAGCUGUUAUUGCAAGAAACUAGCCAUUGUGCAUACCCCAGCUACUGACUGUCAUGGCAACCAUCAUGAUGGAGAAAAUCGGGCGCCUGUUCAUCAGCCUGCAGCAGAUCAGGGAGGUUCCCCGGAUACUGACGGAGGCCGCACCCUCCAUGCCCGGCACUGUCAGAGACGUUGAGGUUCCCUGUUACUUCAGAGAGCGCUUCGUCUCUACUGGAUACCGACCACUGAACCAGAACUGGCGAUACUACUUCCUGUCAUUAUUCCAGCGCCAUAAUGAGACCAUCAACGUCUGGAGUCACCUGUUGGCCUUUUUAAUUGUUCUGAUGAAGCUGAAGCAGCUUUCAGAGACCGUAGACUUUGUUAAUGAUCCUCAUUCAUGGCCUUUGUUCGUCCUCAUUUUGUCCUCAUUGGUGUACUUGGCAUUCAGUGUGUUAGCUCAUCUACUAGGAGGCAAAUCUGAGCUGUAUCACUAUGUCUUCUUCUUUCUGGACUAUGUCGGGGUGGCACAGUAUCAGUAUGGCAGUGCUAUUGUCCACUUUUAUUACGCUGUGGAUGAGAGCUUGCACAGCUACAUGAAAGGGAUUUUCAUGCCUUUAGCUACUUUUCUCAGCUGCCUCUCCUGCCUGGGCUGUUGCUACGGCAAAUACUGCAACCACCGCCUACCGAGCUGGGUGCGUAAGGUGUGCCAGGUGGUACCAUCUGCACUCGCCUAUAUCUGGGACAGCAGCCCUGUGGCUAAAAGACUUCUCUCCUGGUCUGCAGACAGCAGCGACCCAGCGAUUCUCUAUCACUUUGGCCAGGUGGCGUUCUUUCUCAGCUGCUCCGUCUUCUUCACCUUCCCUGUGUUGGAGUCCUGCUUACCUGGCCGGUGUGAUUUUAUUGGACAGAGCCAUCAGAUAUUUCAUGUUUUUCUCUCAUGCUGCACCCUGUGUCAGAUCCACGCCUCCUACCUUGACUUUAUAGGUCGUAGAGAGCUGUACUCAGGUCUCCAUGGGAGCGGUGAGUCUGCUCUGUUUGUAGGAUUGUAUGUGCUCACUUUGGUUGUAUGUGCACUGAUUGUUGCCUUCAUGCUGACGAAAGUAAGACAACUAUUUAACUAUAAAAACAAGUCAAAGUAAAAGCCAUAGUAGAUGUUUGAAGAACUGUUUGCUGAAUCAAUCAUGGCCCUUUCCUUCCCUUACUCUUAAUACUUUCAUACAAAGGGUACUAAUUAUAUUCACUGCAUGCCUUUCCCUGUGAAGGUAAAAAGGUGAAAAGUAGGGAUGUUUCAUAACAGUAACAAGCAGAUCUGGAACUUAGGGAUGCCCCGAUCAUGUUUAUAUACUGCCAGUACCAGUCAUCCAUGAGUGAGAUCCACUGAUACCAGUCAUACUUAAUGUUUUGCCACAGCAGCUGGUUAAACAGUUGGCCAGGCUAGUCAGCUUUGUAGUGUACCUGGACCUCCUAUAGGUGGCAGCAUGACCUGAUAAAAUGAGCACAAAAGUCAACCUUAUUCAGUCAACAGCUUCUACUAACUUUGUUCAUCUUAGAAAAACAACCCCCCAGUACAACAAGUAUUAGGACAACAAAAUUACAUAAUAUGCUGAUUUUUUUAAAUAAGAUAACACAAUUUAACAGACAAUAACACAUUAACAGAAUUCAGUGCAAAUAACCCAGUGCAAAAAUAAUAACUAGAAAUAGAAGAUCUGUCCCUACUUUUGAAUUGGAGGAUUUCUAUCUUGAACUUAAGCAGUACAGCUGCCUGGAACUCAUUGUUUGACAUCAGUGCAAAAGUCUCUCAUCUGACAACAGAUUAUUACCGACGGGUGAUCGGUUUAAGUAAUCCCUAACUGGAAGCAAGUACUCAAUCAUGUAUUUUUAAUAAGUAUUGGCAGGUUAUGAUCACUUGUUGAUUAAUUGGGGCAUCUCUACUGGAAUUAGUAUUCUGGUUAUAUUUUUAGUACAUUAUUGGAAACUAUACACAUUAGCUUCACUAUAGAUUUAUGUAUGAGCAAAUGAUAUUUCUAAAACUGACAAUCACUGCCUACAAUAUCAAUUUUUUUUAUAAUUGUCACACAUUGUAUGAUGUGGAAUAAUGUAUGGAAAUACAUCUAAAAAUGUACAAAUAUUUAUUCAUUUAUUUAGGAAAAAGAUGGAGUCUUGUUUCUGUUUAAAAGAGGCAUAUUUAAGUCACUUUAUUUUUUAAAUUUCUUAACUACUAAAAUUAUUUACAUAUUUAAAAUUAAAACACUGGCACAGAUUGUGGCAGAGUAUUUAUAGUAAAAAUACUAUUUUUUGAGUGAAGAUUUAGGCACUUCUAUGCAGUAACAUUAAGAAAAUCUACCACUUUACCAAGUAAUGACAAGGUAACAUAAGGAGCCUUUUUGUACAUUGAUUGCCUUUUGUUUGCACAUUCAAUGUUACAUUUAGCUUGAAAAAAGUAUUUACAGUAAUUUUUUAAAAAUGCACUGCCUUUAGAUUGCAUAGAAGAAGGUUGGAUAUUUUUAAAGGGAUCUAUUUUACACAGAUUCAUGUGAUAUUAGACACACAGAAUGUAAGUGUUAUGCUUUUUUAUGUUAGGAUGUCAUCAAUCACUGUACUGUGUUUUACUGGAAAUCUUGUUUGUGCCCCUUGAGUUAAAAGGGAAACGUUAACAUGGCUGUUACAUGAGUGAUCUGUUAAAGAAUAAAAGGUACCAUGGU